CUCUUUUCUCUUUCUAUCGAUCCGCUCUCCACCUGCAGCCACGCCGAGACUCUUCCUAACGGUCAGCGACAAACCUGAUAAAUAAAUUUCACAUCACCCGUCAUCAAUUAUGGACGAGUGGGAUGAAGUGCAGACCCCUGUUGUGAGCAUCCCAAGUUUUGGAAAUUCUGGGAGCUCAUGGAACAGUGGGGGCCAGCAAAGCAGCUUCAAGAGCAGCAUCAAUGACAAUGAGGGUAGCUCUUGGAAAAGUGGCAGUGGUGAUUUUGGGCUAAGAGGUGGAAAAAGAGGACGAGGAUCUAGAGGAGGUGGAGGCUUCAAGAGCUUCAAUUCAGGGAUUGGUGAAAAUGGCAACAGUGAAGACAAUGAAGGUGGUUCCUGGAACAGUGUUGGUGGAAAUGGUGGAUUUGGGGGAAGAGGGGGAAGAGGAUCAAGAGGCAGAGGAGGAUAUAGGACUUCCUUCAAUUCUGAGACUGAAAAUGAAAAUGGCAGUGACGAUGGUUUCAAAAGUGGUUUUGGAGGCAGUGGACGCCGGGGAGGUUUCAGGCGAGGUGGAGGAGGAGGUGGGGAAGGUGCACGGGGUUUUGGAAGAGGUGGAGGUUAUAGGGGUGGGAAUGAGGAGGUGUUUUCCAGGGGCUCAAUGAUGGAGCAAGAGGGGAACGGAGAUGGUGUAACUGCAGGGCCCAAGGUUGUUUAUGUACCUCCUCCACCACCAGAGGAGGAAAGCUCUGUUUUUGCACACUAUGAGACGGGCAUUAAUUUUGACAAGUAUGAUGACAUUCUUGUGGAUGUCAGUGGAAGCAAUUCUCCUAAGGCCAUCAUGACUUUUGAGGAAGCAGGUCUUUGUGAGUCGCUCAGCAGAAAUGUCACCAAGUCUGGUUAUGUAAAGCCAACUCCUGUUCAAAAACAUGGUAUUCCCAUAAUAUCUGCAGGAAGAGAUCUUAUGGCCUGUGCACAGACUGGAUCAGGCAAAACGGCUGCCUUCCUUCUUCCGAUUCUCCAGCAGCUCAUGAGUGAUGGUGUGGCAGCGAGCAAGUUCAGUGAGGUGCAGGAGCCUGAGGCAAUCAUCGUGGCCCCCACCAGAGAACUCAUCAAUCAGAUUUAUCUGGAAGCCCGCAAGUUUGCAUAUGGGACCUGUGUCCGUCCUGUUGUGGUUUAUGGUGGUAUAAACACUGGCUACACAAUUCGAGAGGUGUUGAAGGGAUGUAACGUGUUGUGUGGGACCCCUGGAAGAUUGCUGGACAUCAUUGGUCGUGGAAAGGUUGGACUAAGUAAACUUCGUUAUUUGGUCCUGGAUGAGGCUGACCGAAUGCUGGAUAUGGGCUUUGAGCCAGACAUGCGUAAGCUGGUGAGCUCUCCAGGCAUGCCCGCUAAAGAAGAAAGGCAAACCCUUAUGUUCAGUGCGACAUAUCCAGAAGAUAUUCAAAGGCUGGCAGCUGAUUUCUUAAAGACAGACUAUCUGUUUCUUGCUGUGGGAGUGGUGGGAGGCGCAUGCAGUGACGUGGAGCAGCAUAUAAUUCAGGUGGAUCAGUACUCAAAGAGAGAGCAGCUGCUGGAACUGCUGAAGACCACAGGGACUGAGCGAACAAUGGUCUUUGUUGAAACCAAAAGAAGCGCAGAUUUCAUUGCAACUUUUCUAUGUCAGGAGAAGGUGCCCACUACAAGCAUCCAUGGUGACCGGGAACAACGAGAGCGAGAGAAAGCUCUUGGUGACUUCCGCUCAGGCCAGUGUCCUGUGCUGGUGGCUACUUCUGUCGCUGCCAGAGGACUUGAUAUUGAGCAUGUCCAGCAUGUUGUAAACUUUGACAUGCCUAGCAGCAUUGAUGAGUAUGUUCACCGCAUUGGGAGGACAGGCCGCUGUGGAAACACCGGAAGAGCUGUGUCCUUCUUUAACCCAGAGUCUGAUACUCCUUUGGCUCGUUCUCUGGUCAAAGUCCUUGCAGGGGCCCAGCAGGAAGUCCCUUCUUGGUUGGAGGAAAUUGCAUUCAGUGCACAUGGCACAACAGGGUUUAACCCAUAUGGGAAGGUGUUUGCCUCUACAGACACUCGCAAGGGUGGAUCCUUCCAAAAAGAGCCACCACAACCAGCUGUGCAGAACACCAGUGCUGCUGCUGAUGAUGAAGAAUGGGAGUAGAUCUGCAGCUCCCCUUUCUUUCUUUUAGGGUUUCCUUUUGUUUAUAGAUAUUCCUCUGUUCACCUUUUAUCUUUUGUGUUAAUGGAAAAAAUGCUCAUGGCUUUGAGUACAAAAAAAGCUGGAAAGUAAAAGGCUGUAAGCAAAGGCACUUAAAAAUGCAUUGGAAGAUUGGGUGUGUGACCUGAAGUUUAACUUCAUAAACAAAUGUCAGGGGAAUUAAUAAUCAAGGAUUUGCUUUUUUGCCUAAAUUUGGGGAUGAACCACUUCUGCUGAUGUUCUUGCAUUCAACUGUGUGUUUUGUUUUGGACAAUAAUGAGUGGAUUUCUAGUGGUGGUAGUGCUUGUAGUUAGAAAUCACAUUCUGGAUUUUUGAGUACCCAUAAAUACAUUUUAUUUGUGUGGGCCUUUAACUGAAGGUUGCUCCUGCUCUUUCUUGUCACUGAGUUCUUUUGUGCCAAAUGUUUCCAGGUUGCAACUUGUGAAGGCCUUAAAUUGUUUAGCAAAUGUAACAUACCAAAUAAAAUUGCCAUUCACAAAAGUCUUUGAAA